GAUUGACAAGUGAGAGAUUGACAGCAGUUGACAGUUGACAUGUAAACACGGGAAAAUCCUUGGAAAAUCAAGGAAAAACUUUACGGCCAAGUUUUGUUACAUGCCAUAGUAAUAAAUGUAUUUGUUUGAUAUUUAAUGAAUAUAAUAAUUCGGGCAUAAAUCACAGUGAUUUUAAAGUAGUUAUCUGGUCGUUUUCUGUUUAUUCAACUUAACCAUGUUAACUUCUGAUGGUUGUUUUUUUAGGUGUAUUGUUUAGAAGAUUUUUUGGAAGCUUUGUUAUAAUUAUGUAAUGAUAUACACAUAUAAGUGAAUUGUGGCGGUACCAUGCUCAGUGUUCCUACGCCGCCUACGCCUGCAGGGCCCCUAAGUGAUUCGAUUGCAGUCACAGCUCCGCCUCCUUCUGUGACACAGGCUGCUUUUGCCCCUCCGGAUACAGAUCAAGCUCAGUUCGAGGCCGAUAAAAGGGCAGUCUACAAACAUCCUUUGUUCCCACUACUGGCUCUUUUAUUCGAGCGAUGCGAAUUGGCAACACAGUCAUCCGAACCGCAAAGUAGCGAUGCGUUUAAUUUAGAUAUACAAGCGUUUGUGCAACAUCAGGAGAGGGAUAGGAAACCAUUUUUAGCCAAUGAGGUGGAGAUAGAUGGCUUGAUGAUAAAAGCAAUACAAGUUCUUAGGAUACAUCUUCUGGAAUUAGAAAAAGUGCAGGAGUUGUGUAAAGAUUUCUGUAAUCGAUAUAUAACCUGUUUAAAAGGAAAAAUGCAGUCAGAACACUUGCUUAGAUCGGAUUAUUCUCAAGAUAUACUAGGAACAACAGCUUUAUUGAAUAACAUAGAAUCCAACAACAAUAUGUUGUCUCACAAUAACUCUGAGAGUGGUUCGGAUUCUAAUAGUCCUCUUCAAUUCUCCAUCAGCCCAUCUCAUGCAAGCAUGUCGUCGCAACCGCCUCAUUUAGACGGACCUUCCAAUAGUCAUUUAGACAAUGCAUCAUAUGCGUUACAACAUUACAAUGAGUCUACGCCAUCAUUGCUUCAAUCAACAGGAAUAGCUCCCGAUCCAUCGCCUGUACCUGCCGUCGUGGAUCAGUUAGUUGUACACGGAUCCACACCAUUAUCACAGAUAGGAACACAUUGUGCCUCAACUACGGCACUUCCUUCUGACAAUUCCGGACCUCUGUCGCCGGCACCGACAACGCCAGGCGGAAGCAAUGACGACUGUGACAGUGACAUUUCGAGGGGCGGGAAAAAAACGAAACGCGGUAUUUUACCAAAACACGCCACCAGCGUGAUGCGGUCGUGGCUGUUCCAGCAUUUAGUGCAUCCCUAUCCUACCGAAGACGAAAAACGUCACAUCGCUUCACAAACCAAUCUGACGCUACUUCAAGUCAAUAAUUGGUUCAUCAACGCGCGCCGCCGUAUUCUACAGCCAAUGUUGGACGCUACAGCUCCAACUGGCCAAGAAUCGGGCGGUCAAAGCAAUUCUCCCAAUGGAAAAAAGAAAAAGAAUCAAAACAAUAAUCGACGUUUCUGGCCCCAAGAAUUCGGCAACAUCCAAUCCAAUAUAGAUUGUGGCAUGUUGUCCAGCUCUGAUGAAGGAGGAGAUUCGUACAGCAGUGACGAGGAGGGCGGUAGUUUAAUCAUAGAUGCCUGUCAAGCCAAUGAGGUCACUCAGAAUAACGAGCAAGAGGAGAAUAAUCUAGAUAUGUACGAAAAUAUGGAUAUUGAACAGUCCAAGUUGGGGUUAGGCAAUAGAAAAUUGUAAAAGCCAAAAACGAAAUUGAUGCAUGCUCAUUAACGGGAGCACUGUUUUUCAAUUCAA